CAAUAACAACAAUAACAACAACAACAGCCACGCCGGCGGCCAAGUCAGAUGAGAUCGCGGUGGAAGAGAUCGCAACGACAUCGACAACAGUCUCGAUCCAGGAAGAGGAAACAUCAACGACUACACCAUCCGAUGUUGUAUUUGAGGCACCAACGCCCAUAUCCACUCCAGAACCAAUUCAGCAAGAGACACCACUGCCACCAAUCCAAGAAGUUGAUGAACCCAUCAUGCACCUUCCCACGUCACCACGACUCCCGCCACGGAGCACAACACCUAUCUCCCAGAUCUCAUUCUCCUCAUUUUCACUACCGCCCCUGACCCGCAGAGCCACUUUCGCUCCCGCCCCCGCUCCCAGAGCUUCCUUCGAAGCGCCAGUCCUACUACGCAGCCGCACUUCCGCACCGACCUCAUCCUCCCUCGACGAGUUCAGGACAACUCAGCAGCCACGGAACUUCUCCAUGCGUCAGGUCUCAAGGCACAGCACGCCCAACGAUCUCUGGGUCGUCAUCGGGGAAGAGGUGUUUGACUGCACGGAAUUCGCGGCUACGCAUCCUGGUGGUGCGAAGAUUCUGAACGGAGUAGCAGGCAAGGACGCGACCAAGAAAUUCGAC